CGAACGUUUAGUUUCAUACAUUUUGUUUUCUAAGCUUAAUAUUUAAUAUGGCAUCAAAGCAGAUUCAGUGUGAAAUGUGCUGUAAUGAAAAUGCAGUUGGAUAUUGCAAAACCUGCGGAAAUGUUGGAGAAACUUGUAUAGAUGUUCACAAGACAGUAAAGGUAUUUCAAACUCACAUGGUCAGUUUAAAUGAGGAAAAUAAUGAAAAUCAAAAGUUCAUAAAACAGGACAUCACAGAAGAGAAAUGUAAGCAACAUCCGACAGAGAAAGCUAUAUUUCUUUGUAAAAUUCAUGAAACCAUGAUUUGUGGGAGAUGCCUUCAUUCGGGACAUCUUCCUUGCGGACAAGAAAUCGUUGACUUGCUGCAUGAAGCAGAUUCUCUUGAUUUCGAGAAAGUCAACAAAAUGAAGUCAGCUUUGAUGGAGGUUAAAGAUGAAAUUUUGCUUACGAAAGAUGAAGCAGAACAGAGUAAGAAUAGCUCCAAGAAUAAUGCUGAGAAAUGUGCGCAAGAAUGUAUGGAGUUAGGCAACAGAAUUAAACAACGUGUUGAUGAACUGACAAGUGACAUUAUACAUAGAAUAACAAGGACACAUGACAUAAACGUGAGCACCUAUUCCAGUAUUACUCAAACGUGUAACGAAAUAACCAAGUGGUGUGAGGAUGAAGAAAAUACAAUUGAUAAUUGUGUUGACAAUAAUAUGGCUGGGAAUUUGUACCUAAUGCACAGACAUUUUAAGAAAGAGGUUUUUGAUGCCGGCUUCCACCUCAAAGAAAUCAAACACAAACAUAUUUUUAAAGGGUUUGACUUUAAAGAAAAUGAAGUUAUACUUAAAUGCCUGUUUGAGGAUUUGGAGGAAGUUUGUGAACAUCAAGAAGAAGUUACUGGAAGUGACGAUGGAAAUUCCGACGAUGUUUUCAUAUCACCUGCAAAAAUAAACAAGACCCGGCGGGAGCUCACUGCACUGUUGAAUCAAAUCAAGCAAGACUUAGAUCAAUCGGAAAAGGCAAGGACUGCGCUGUGUGAUGAGCUGAAACAAGUGAAACAAGACAAAGAUAAUUUAGAAAAGAAAAGGAAAAUAUUCGAACAAGAAUUACGGAAAACGAAAAAGGACAUAGAGGACUCUGAAAAAACAAGGAAAGCACUGUGUGAUGAGCUGCAAAAAGUGAAACAAGAUAUUGAUAAUUCAGAAAAGAAAAGGAGGAGUCUCGAACAAGAAUUACUGAAAACAAAACCGGACAUGGAGAAAGCUAAAAAGGAAAGAGCAGAAGUCAAGGCACAGUGUUCACCAGUCAAAGACAGAAUCAACUGGACUCAACCAACGGGAACUGUUAAUGUCACGGUCGACAACCGUAUCAUUGACUUAGUAUUCAUAUUCCCGGAUGGCAUUCAGACGACGCACCAUCCGUCCCCGGGAAAACCGUAUAAAGGCGGCACGUUCACAGGACGUUUGUUUCUCAACUCUGAGGGCGAGCUGCUAUGUAGGAUGUUAAAGGCGGCGUUUAGGAGAGGGGCGAUGUUCAUCUUGGGGAAGGAAGGAAAAGUUGUCCUGGAUGGCGUCUCAUUAUAUGAUGGAUCAGUGGGCUAUUUCGGGUAAGAAUAAUCUUAUAGGUAUAAUAAGAGUCAGCUUAGAAUGUUCAGGAGAGGAUUAGAAUUUUUUGUUGUGAAGUUAAGAAAUGUGU